AUGGAAUACCAGCGUGGGCUCACACCAUGUAAUCAACGAACCGGCCCGGAAUCCCAAAAGAUCACAUCGCCGUCAGUGACUGGUGACGAGUUUCUCGAGAAAUACACUCAUUUGCAAGUCAAUUUGGUUUUCACGAGAGACCCAACUGAAUCUCUCGUUUAUGAUGUUCUACGAGUGAAUGUGCUGCACUGUGCCUACCUGAUGAGCCCCAAGAAGGGCGAAACCGGUGGUGGGCUGUCGAAGAGUUUUCAGCAACCUUUUUGCGUUUUGUUACAGUGGGACUUGUCUGAGUUGACUCUAUUGUUGAACACUUUGUGCCUCAUGGUUACCACUUACUUGAUUCUUCCCAUCCGCGAGUGUGACCAAGGGCCCUUUGAUCCUAUGGUGCUACCUGAUGCUACGUGGGCGAGAUGGUCCAAGUGGUUAGAGCGCGAAUUUACUGACCGGAAGGUCCGUGGUUCGAAUCCGACCUCUGCCACUCGACUCCCCCUGGCUUGGGCAACCUGGUAG